AGGGAGAAACCAGAACGACACAGAGAAAGCAAAGGGAGAGUAGAGUAGGGAGAGAGGGAUUUAGGACUUGGAUUGUGCAGCAGUGGGAGAGAGAGAAAGGGGAGGGGGAAAAGUUGGACCCGGACGAUCUUGCCCUAACUUUUGUCUUCUUUCCUUUCUCCGUGGAAGAAGCCUCAGGAAAAUAAAUCGACGGGAGAACAAGCUGGAUUACAUUUGAAUUGCAUUAGCGUCGCCCCACAAGAUUUUUUUCCUGGAUACACGCACGCAUUUUUUUCCGGAUUAAUGUGGUCGCAAGUUUGUGGAUUUAUCAAUAGUUAAAGCUGGUGGCUGAGGUGAGGUGCUGUGAAACCAUGUGGCUUCUCUGGUCCUGUCUGACUCUGUUGGCGCUCAGCUUUGGCUCAUGUGACAUGCUGACAUCUGAGCAAGAUGAUCAAUGCCCAUCCUUGCAAGUGGAUGAGUGGAAGUUCCCUCAGACGGCCAGGCACAAUAUCACAGGUUUUAAUCUGGUGAGGCGAUUCUCACUGCUCAAGAGUAAAGAUGUCAAGAAGAUCCGCAACCCUCGAGGACCGGUCAUCCUACGCCUGGGCAAAGCUGCACUCCUACGCCCCACUGAGGAGGUGUUUCCUCAUGGCCUUCCUGAGGAGUUCACCCUGAUCUUCACUCUGGUGUUGAAGAAGGCCGCCCUGAGAGACACUAUCUACCUCUUCCAGAUAUCUGAUGAGCAGGGAUACCCCCAGCUCUCUGUAGACUUCAACGGCCUCGAUGGCACCCUGUCCCUUCGUGCCAGCGGCAUAGAGCCCGCAGCCGACCUGGUGAGCUGCAUUUUCACGGGGGAGGGGGUGGAGGCCCUGAUGGACUUGCGCUGGCACAAGGUGGCCCUCAGCGUGCAACACGAAGCCGCCUCCCUCCAAGUGGAUUGCAACUUCAUUGAGACCAAACCGCUGGAGCCCCGUGGAGUUUUGCCCACCGACGGACACACUUUGCUGGGCAUCCGGGCUUCAGAUGCUGGGCCUGUGCAGAUGGACAUUCAGCAGGUGAUGCUGUAUUGUGACCCCUCCCUCGCCGUUCAGGAGUCUUGCUGUGAUAUACCUGGAGCACGGUGCCCACCAGACGUUCCCAAGAGCCGCCGCGCUGCAGAGAAUGACCUGUCGGAUAACACGUUUAACCAGGAGAAUUUUGCAUCAAAGGAUCUGGCAGAGAAAUGUGCUGGUUGUUUACUCCUGAAUAGGGAAGAAAAUGUAGUUGCUGGCUUUAAAGGGGAAAAAGGCAACAAGGGUGAUGGCUGUUCUGGCUCCCAUUCAGGUCCAUGCACAGAGGGACCCAAGGGCCAGAAGGGAGAGAUAGGCGAGCCGGCACUGCCUGCCAACUGGGACGAAGCAGCAGGGUACAAGGGAGAAAAGGGUCAUAAGGGAGAUAUUGGUGGUCAGGGUCUCCCAGGCACUCCAGGGAAGAAUGGUCGAGGAGGGUCCAUCUGUGUUGUCGGCCCCAAGGGACAGAAGGGUACCCCAGGUUUGGUGGGUCCCGAGGGGUUGGCUGGGGAGCCAGGGAAGACCGGAUUUCCAGGCCCACCGGGAGUGGGAAAGCCAGGCCUGCCAGGCCCUCCUGGUGAAUCGGCUCAUGCAAAGGGGGACGAGGGAGAUACAGGACCUCAGGGAGACGACGGAUUGCCAGGAGAUCCAGGACCAAGAGGACCAACAGGGUUUAAAGGAGACAAGGGUGACUCAUGCGAAGUGUGCCCCGUGCUGCCUGCAGACAUGGGUAACACAGUGGCUCUGCAAGGGAAGUCAGGUCCUAAAGGAGAGCCUGGACUACCGGGGACAGGAGAGAGAGGACUGCCUGGGCUUCUGGGUACGGAUGGCAAGGCAGGACAGAAGGGCGAACCAGGAUCAGGGGGCUUCAAAGGAGAAAAGGGAGAGUCGUGUUCUGUGUGCCCAACUCUCGGAGAGUUACCCCCGAACCUCGUCCCCGGUGUCCUGACCCAAACCCUGCAGCAGAAGGGAGAGAGAGGAGAGCCUGGGAUUGGACAAAGAGGAGAACAAGGAGAGCCUGGAAAUGUAGGAUCACCUGGCCUUGGAGGAGAAAAGGGUAGCGCAGGCAGCAAAGGAGCUGAUGGUAAGACGGGAAAGCAUGGACCAAGAGGACCCGGUGGCAAGGAUGGACAGAGAGGCUCAAAGGGAGAGCAAGGGCUGCCAGGUCUUGGUCUCCCUGGCCUCAAGGGUGAGAAGGGCGAGUGUGGUCACUGCCAGCCGGCCGAGGUGGGUAGUGGACCAGCGGGCAUCAAAAUGCCUGAUGGAGCAAGUGUGGGCGAACCAGGCCUUCCAGGUCCACCCGGACCUCCAGGACUCGGAGCUGAUGGCAAACAGGGCUCAACAGGUCUUGCUGGUGCAAAAGGAGAAAAGGGUGAAGAAGGCGAUCGAGGAGAUAAAGGACUCGACGGAGCUUCUGGAGCCCCAGGACUGCCUGGAGAGCCUGGUCGGGACGGACUAAUGGGCUUGAGGGGAGCGAAGGGCGACGCUUGUACCAGCUGUCCUUCUACAGGCACUGCAGUGGGUGAUGGUGUAGCUGUGCAAGGCCCCAAAGGGGAGAGAGGAGACCCUGGUCCCACAAGGGAAGGGAAGCCUGGCAGAAAUGGAAAACCGGGUUUACCAGGUGUGCAGGGGCCUUAUGGUCCCAAAGGAAGCAAGGGAGAAGUUGGAGUUGCAGGAGUUGGACUUCCAGGACUACAAGGUGAAGAGGGACCAAGAGGGCUCCCAGGAGUUGUAGGACCUCCUGGAGCCAGAGGAUUAACUGGACCCGUUGGCCCUGCAGCGAACAAGGGCUCCAAAGGAGAAGCUGGGCCUCCAGGACCGCGUGGGCCUGAGGGCAUUGGAAUAACAGGCCCCCCGGGUAGAGAUGCAAUCCCUGGAUCUAACGGAUUACCGGGGGCUGACGGCAGACCGGGAUUUGAUGGAGCUACGGGGGACAAGGGUGAACCAGGAGAGUGCAACUGCAUACUACCUGUGCACACAGGCAUAGGCGGACCUGGAGCGCCAGGAACUCCAAUAAACACAUGGCAGCCCGGGCCUCAGGGCCCACCAGGACCUCCUGGCCCUCCUGGCCAACCUGGGCCUGAAGGUGUUAUUGGAACAGAAGGACUACAGGGUAUCCCUGGAAACGACGGGAUACAGGGGAAACCGGGUUUGCCUGGAUUAAUCAGGCACAUUGGACCACACCAGCUGCCUCAAGACUCUGCUGGAGGAGAGGGUGAUGAGGGCUGUAAAGAAGGGGACUGCUUCAAAGGAUUCCCAGGGGUGCAAGGCACAGCUGGUGCCAAGGGAGAAAAAGGAGACCAGGGCAAGCCCGGUGUAACCCCCUUGGACAGCUGUGACAAGUGUUUGGAGCGACUGCAGAGAGAGCAGGCGACACAACCAGUGGAUGACCGAGCGGGAAUGCCUGGAGUUCCAGGAACGCCUGGAUCCCCAGGAAUAAGAGGAGAGCCAGGUAUAUCAGGAGAAAGAGGCCACGCUGGAACACCAGGAAACAUGGGACCUCCCGGGUUCCAAGGUCCUCAGGGCCCAUCUGGUCCACCUGGUCAGAAUGGCGAGGCAGGGUCACCUGGCCUCCCAGGAACUAAGGGUGAGCAGGGCCCUUCGGGAACGUCCGGCUAUCCAGGAGCCAUGGGACCGCCUGGACUUCCUGGACUGAAGAGCGAACGUGGGAGCCCAGGAAGCAGUGGUCAGAAAGGGGAAUCGGGUGCUCCUGGUAACCCUGGGUACCAAGGACAGGCUGGCUCCCCGGGCAUUAAAGGAGACACGGGACCAGCUGGGCCUGUUGGUGCCAAAGCGGAUCAGGGUUUCCAAGGACAGCCAGGUUUCCCGGGACCACCAGGUGCACCAGGUAUUGCCGGGAAAACUGGAAGGGAAGGGGUCUCUGGGCUGAAAGGUGAAAAAGGCAAUGAUGGAACUCAAGGAUCUCAGGGACCAACUGGGCCCUCAGGCUCACCAGGCUCCCCUGGGCUGAUGGGUCCCCCCGGCAUUGAGGGGUUGGAUGGAAAAGAUGGAAAACCAGGGCUGCGGGGAGAGGCAGGCCCUCCAGGCCCAGCGGGACCACGAGGAAUCCCAGGAUUCAAAGGGAAAAGUGGCCAUGCUGGCUUCCCUGGACAGAAGGGUGAAGCUGGACCUUCAGGUCCAGCUGGACCACCAGGCAGAGUGGGACACGAGGGUGACCCUGGUAACCCAGGAGCUAUGGGGCGACCUGGACCCUCCGGCCACGUUGGUUCUACAGGUCCAGCUGGACCACCAGGACCUCCGGGUCCAUCAGGAGUGGGUGUAAAAGGAGACAAGGGCCAAGCUGGUGAGAGGGGUCUUCCUGGGAUGGGAGGAAUCCCAGGACCACCUGGGCACCCUGGCUCCAUGGGAGAACCAGGCAGCGAUGGUGCAGCUGGUAAAGAUGGAGCGGGCGGCCUACCAGGGGACAACGGGCAGUCAGGUCAAAAGGGUGAACCAGGGGCAGCAGGUCAGCGAGGUUCUCCAGGUGAAAGAGGUAGACCGGGGCCCCCCGGCGGUGGAGGUUACCACUCCAAGGAUGCACAGCCAAUGAUUGGCCCAGCCGGACCCAGAGGAGAGAGAGGAAGCCCAGGUUUAGAGGGCUCUCCGGGGGGCCCUGGACCUGCAGGCUCACCAGGAAAUGAAGCGGUUGUAAAUUAUGAUGAAGUCAAGAACUUCAUCCGCCAGCAGGUCAUCAAGAUCUUUGAUGAGAGAAUGGCCUACUACAUGUCGCGCAUGCAGAUGCCAGUAGAGGUAGCAUCUCCAGGUCGGCCUGGGGCCCCAGGGAAAGACGGAUCUUCGGGUAUUCCUGGGAACCCAGGUGCACCUGGACUCCCGGGACAGAUUGGCAGACAAGGACGAUCAGGAGGCCAAGGACCCCCUGGACCACAUGGACCACGUGGAGAAAAAGGAGAUAAGGGGGUUGGAGAGAUGGGAGAUGUAGGACCUCCAGGAGCAUCAGGUGUCCCAGGCCCCCAAGGCUAUGGUAAGAUGGGACCCCCGGGUCCUGUUGGCCAGCAGGGUGUUCCUGGGAUCUCAGGCUCUCCUGGGCAGCCUGGUUCAAAGGGACACGAUGGCCGGUGUAAUCCGGGAGACUGUAUGAGCCGUCAAGUAGAGUACAGCCCCAAGGGCCCACCUAUCAAGGGCCCCUGGUAGAGGUGAUAGAGUAGAAGGGCAGAGGGACUGAAGCAAAGAGACUUCGGAGAAGACAAGAAGCCAAAGUUAUUAAAUCUGACGACCAGAUGAAAUGCAGGAGUAACUUUGUUGUUGAAUUGUACAGAUUUUGACUGAAGUAAGCAAAAACCCCUAACAUCUUUCUAAGAGCCCUGCUGGAAAGAGGCCUGCAAAGAAAUACUAGCAGCACAUUUUUUUUGCAUCAUUGUCUUUUUGCCAUAUUGCCAAUCCAUUGCAAUAUUACUGUCUUAUUUUGGUCUUGCUUCUUUAUUCUCACUGUUUCACUCCUUUUGUACGCUUUCAAGCAACCGAGGGGAGGUGACAAGAAUCACAAUUUGUAUUUUUCUUUUAUUUUUUUUUUUUUUAUUCUCUUUGUAGGAUUCCAGUUAUUUUAGCACUUUGCUUGCACCUCUCAUAUCUUUGUUCUCUUCUCACACAAUCACAUUCAGAGUGCAUCACAUGCAUUCCUAACUUUAUGUCUUAGUGCUUGUGGUGUGUAAGAGAUUAUCCCCAAGAAAUGUAUUCCAGUUCUGUCGAAACAGAUGUCAAGAACUCACGUCCAUGCUCUUUUUUUGAUGAAUUGACUGUUUUGUAUAUAUUUAUAUUUAUAUAUUGUGGCUUUUUCUACUUUUUUAACAGAUUUGAUACAAGACAUACGCAUGGCUCGCCACCUAUUUCUGAUGGGUAUUAAGCAACAAAAAAGCCAAAGGGAUAUUUUUUUAUCUACGGUCUGUAAGCUUUUAAAAUCAAAAUAAUCUGUUCAGUUGAAGACAUAAUUAUUUAUCAAAAAAAAGUGUUUUCACAAAAACACAACUGUUUCUCUAAUUGUGUUGAUAAAGUUCAAUUUUGCCUUACAGCCACUUAAAGCAUCUCAUUUCUUUCUGUAUUCUAAAGUAGCUGUAAGCUUCUGUCUGCUUCAACGGGAACUUAAUUAGGAAAAUAUGAGCAAUAUUUGAGCCUAUUUACCACAGGUACUGUAAUGCAACACGCUGAGCACGGCCAGCCACGCAAGGAUAAAGAAAAUAUUCUAAAAAGCAUCACCAAUGGAUUUCGUAGAAUUACGCAUUUACUGUAUUUUUGGGGCUGUUAUAUUUCUUACGAACUAUUUUUUUAUAUCUGGAAGUCUGGAGUUUUAUAUCGCUAUCGUCUCAAUCAGCAUUUUAAACUCUGAGCAUGGUCAGACUUUUGUUUCUCACAAACUAACCCAUGGGAAAUGUUGAAGUUAAAACUGAAUUAUAUUACUUUUGAAAGAUGCAUCAUGUUGUCAUUGUCAACCAGUGUUGUAUCAAACACUGAUGAAAUACUGUCAAGACAAU